CUUCUUCCACGGCGCUUCUCUCAAUUCCCCUCUUGAUUUCGUCGUUCAAUACGAUUCGUACAUGAAAGCGAUUUGGUAGACGAUAUGCAUAACGUAUCUGUGUGCGUGUUUUUUUUUCAAACCUGUUUUCGUUCGAUCGAUUUGUUUAAGUGAGAAAAAUGCAUUGGAUUUACCAUCUCCUUGCGACAUCCAUGUUCGUUCGAGGAGAUAGAACUGAUGCAGAGAGUUAAUUGAGGUUGGCUUACCAGCCCAUCGCAUCUUUCUCUAUUGCCAUGGCGUCAAAUGGACCUACCCAUAUUUUCGCUGCACAAAUAUUUUUUAAGAUUUGGUUCGUUUUUGUUUGAAGUAAAUUCCGAAUUUCUCGACUUUUUUUUAGUAAGGGCAAUGAAGAUUAUUGAGAUAUGCAAAACGCUGAAUACACGGUGUUGAUUAUAUACUCCGCUUAUUAUCUGAUGCCUUUUGUUCAAUUCUAUGCGAAAUUUCAACCUGUUUAAACAAUAUGUUCAGUAUCAUAGUAAUCACUGAUGCGAAAAAGCGGACGGGCGGUCAGAAACUGAUGCCGUGUUGAAUGUCUGCAAUGCUUCCUAUACGGGAACCUGUCUGAGAUGACUUAAAUACUUUUUCGAAACCUGCUGUUGAUGAUGUGAGUAUUAAGUUUUUUUUUUUAAACUUUGAAGGGCCAGUUUGCAGUGAUGAUUUUGCUUAAUUAUGUCUGGACUUAUGAUUCUUGAACAUGAUUAGUUGCUAUGCAAAAUUCUGAGCAUCAUUUUAGCAGUUCAUACUUGCCGGAGUGAUCUGGUAUUUUUUGAGAAUUUUAAGUGAGGUUUUCCAUUAUUACGUAGGUUUUCUUUGAAGUUUGAGCAGCUGCAAAUACAUUUAAUUUCCCAAGAUUUUUUUUGUUUAGUAAAAUGUUUUUUAAUCGGUUAAAAAGAUUGAUUUUUUAAUUAAAAUGGGUGUUGUUCGUGAAAGCAGUUUUUUAGAAUCUGAAAUUUCUGAUUCUAAAAUCACUUUAAAUUGUUACCUCAAAUUUUUUAUUUUCAAAUACGAAGUAUUUCAACUUUUACUUUUUUAUCAGAAUCGUUUUUUGCUUAAAAAAUUACCAUUCAAAUGGUUUUGGGUGAAUUGGAAUGCAUACAUUUUGAAACGUUGUUAUAUCAAUUUCAUUCACAUGUGUUCCAUAAAUAUAUACAACUUGUAUAUAUUUAACAAGAGGGGUAGGGAUAAGGGCUACACUGGCUACACAAUAUGGAGAUCUGCAUAUUGAAUAAUGCUCUUUUGCAUUCAACAUCCUUCUACUUUUAUCUGCGGAUUGCUACACAUGUUGUACUAAAAUGUCAUUUAGUCGUGAUAUCCAAUUUGCUCUACAACAAUUUAAGAAAGUAUACUGUCACAUUGUCACCUACUGCUUGUCGUAGAGAACAACAAUUACUGAGCCUUCCGAGCAACUAUCAAAUCAACGCUUUCGAAUGCUAAA